AUGCCUGGCAUGUACGCCUUCUGGCGCGCAAAGAUAUCGAACACUCGGGAUUCCGCGCUAGGCUAUGACCACGGCAGCGAUCCUUGGGAAAUCCAGAAGCGAUCCAUGGGCAUUGGAAAAAGCGCACAGAAGGGUCGCAAAUCAUGGGAGGAUGCUGGUGGCGAAUAUUAG